AUGGGACAAUUGUUAUGCUCACUCUUCGUUAACAAAAAAAAAAAAAAAAAAAAAAAAGGGUGCAUUUUGUUCGGGGAGAGGCUGGUUAUACCCGCAGACCUGCGAACACAGUGCUUGGAACAGCUCCACCGUGGUCAUCCAGGAAUCCAACGGAUGAAAUCGCUUGCGCGAAGUUAUGUGUACUGGCCACUGAUGGACAAUGAAAUAGUACAGUACGUAGCUACUUGUGAACUAUGCGCAGCGGCUGCCAAGUCACCACCUCAAGCAAUACCAGCACCGUGGCCGAAACCUUCCGGCCCUUGGCAACGACUACAUGUGGACUACGCUGGGCCAAUUCAGGACGCCUACUUCCUAGUAGUGGUGGACGCGUUUUCCAAGUGGCCAGAAAUUAUAAAAACUUCCACAACUACCACACGAGCUACGGUUGCCAUAUUACGAGGAUUAUUUGCACGUUUCGGAAUGCCCCUUACAAUUGUGAGUGACAAUGGGCCGCAAUUCACAAGUGAUGCAUUUAAGGAAUUCUGUGAGAGCCGCGGCAUUCAACAUAUAACUACGCCACCAUUUCAUCCGCAGUCCAACGGACAGGCAGAGCGGUUUGUAGACACCCUAAAGCGCGCAUUAAGAAAGAUACAAACAGGAGACAUGUCUAUAGAUGAGGCGCUGGACACUUUUCUGCAGUCUUAUCGUACCACGCCUAAUCCGGCGCUUGAGGGGAAUGAAACGCCAGGGGAAUUGAUGGUUAAGUUUCCCGUUAGAACCCACCUCGAUCUUUUGCGCCCGCCAACUGUAAUUGAAAGGGAAACUAAUAUCGUUUAUGGAGGAUUUAUGCCAGGUGACGCUGUUUUAACAAAAGUGUAUGGGCGGAAUUCAUGGAGAUGGAUAUCGGCUGAAGUGAUAAGUAAGUUGGGGAACGUCAUGUAUCAACUAAAAGGGUCAGAUGGCAGAAUGCUCCGAAGACAUCAAAACCAAAUGCGGAAGCGAGCAUCGAAGGACAUCCCUCUUCUUCCCAUCGAAGGAUCGAUACUGCAGCCAGGUAGCGAAUCCAUUCAACUACCCAUUGAUGUUAUACUGGAUGAAUGGAAACUUCCGUUGGUGAGCGAUGAAUUACCACUAACCGAUACGUCAGGAGGAUCGUGCUCGGACCUUCUCCCUCAACCACUCUCCCCGGAGCGGACGGCACCCCCGGAGACCAUUACUACCAUGUUACGUUCACCUCGUCGGUCUUCAAGGAAUAGAAGACCCCCGCGAUGGUUCGACGCGUUCGUGUUUUAA